AUGGUGAUUCCUACCAGUGCUGAUGGAGUUCGUGGCAGAAAGAAGUCAUCCAGAGGACACCAUAGAUUUGUGGGAGUUAGGCAGAGACCAUCGGGGAGAUGGGUGGCUGAAAUCAAGGAUUCUUUGCAAAAGGUUAGGCUUUGGCUUGGAACUUUUGAUACUGCCGAGGACGCAGCUCGAGCUUACGAUGAUGCUGCCCGAGCCCUGCGUGGAGCUAAUGCGCGCACCAACUUUGAGCUACCUCCAUCAGCCUCAAAAACCACAGCCAACCGCGUCUCGCUAGAUAACAUCGAACCUUUCUCCUUUGAGGAAGUCUGUGGGACGGGGAACGAUGCUGAUGGGUUUCUUGGUGCACUCAAGGCUAAGUUGCUUGAUGGCAAAGGGAUUAAAGUCCUAUCACCAGCUAAUCGUGCCGCUUUGCAACCCAUCGUUGCUUCUAACUCUUCCCAAAACAACAAAAAUGUAAGCAGAGAAUCAAGAACGACAACCGUGGCUCCUCAAGGAAUCAGAAACAUGAACCCUGUUCAGGGUCCACUAAAUCCAGGUUCUAGCAAGCCUGACCUCCUAAAUCAUGAUCAAGUAGCUGCAAAUCAUAUUGGUGUUCAGUGGCCUCAACCUCAACCUGGCCAAAGCCAAAUUGAGUCUAUGGCAAGUAUGAUGUGGUCCAAUGAACCGUCAUUUGAAGCUGAAUGGGGCACACAGAUGAACCAAGUCCCUCCAAAUGGAUUCUUUAAUAUCACCACUUGUACAGCUGCUGCUACAUCUACUUGGCCACUUUCCGGGACAACCGAAUCAACCAUGGACUUGUCAUAUUCGGACCAGUGCCCGAUAGAGCUGCAAAUGAAUAUGAACGGUAAAACAAAUAUGGUGAGCAUGCCAAUGUCUCAAAUUGAUGAAACAACAGAAGGUGUUUGGCCAUCCCAUCAGCAGUUUGAGCAGUGUGACAAUAAUGGUUGGAGUAGUGCUAAUGGCUCUUGGGAUCCUUACCUCUAUGUUUCCUCUGUGCUUGGUUGA